AUGGGGUGUGCUACAUCUGCUUAUGUUGUUGUAGGAAGGAAGAACAAGAAGAGGAUCAUUCAAGAAUCCGUAGUGUUUGUUCUGCAGCUCCGUGUUCCUGUUCAGUCUGAUCUUCAGCGUCAACUCAAAGGCGUUGCUCCCAAGACAACCAUCGACAGAUUGACAUGUCUAAGGAAUCAGAUUCAGUUGGUAGCUGAGGACACAGGGGGUUCUGCUAUCGCUGAGCUGCGUACAGCUUUGGAGGAGUACUUAUCUCUUCUAAGCGGUCUUAUCAAGAAAAAGAAUGAUGGAAUGGAGGGAUGCGUGGAGUUCAAAUGGAAAACCCUUGGAGACAGUAAAAGAGGAGAGAUAUGUUUUACAAACCUUUGGAUGGAGAUGUUGGCAGUGAUCCACAUGAUGGCUGCUUUGGCAUUGACUGAAUCUAACUCUCUCUUGAUUCCUAAGGAUUGCUCUGCUUCUGGCAAUGGCGUCCGUGUGGUAUCUACUGAUUGCAGGAGAGAGGCUGUUGACUUGCUGCUCAAGGCGUCUGGAUACUUAGAGUUCUGUGUCCAAGAUAUUCUGACUCGCUUUCCUCUUGAUGUCAAGAGUAAGCUGCCAGAUGAUAUGCAGGAGAGUGUGCUACAAUCUCUCUCUAUUCAAGCACUUGGCCAGGGGACUGAGAUCCAACUUGGAUUAGCAGUUGAUAGCCAGAAAGCAACACUCUCUGUGAAGAGAAGACUUGCCUGUGAGCAAGUCAUCUAUUUCUCUCAGGCAUAUCACUGCUUGUCUAGUUGUGAAGUAGUCAGCCAUGGAUGCGCCAAGAAGCUUCUCCGGUUUAUCUACUGGAAGUUUCUGGAAGCAAAGGCUGCGGCUUACUACUACCAUGGACUGGUAACAGACAAAGGAACUGAGCCAUCUUGCCACGUGAGCGCAGUGUGUUGUUUCCUUGCAGCUGCAGAGAUCCUAGGAGAAAGCAAGAAGGCUUGUCUCAGCUUCUGCUUGGCUCCUCCUGUCACCAGAGCUCCUCCAAUGUGGGGGGUUAUGAAGCAUUUGAGCCAGAAGAUUCCAGAAGUUGCUUUCAGGAAAUCUCAAACGUAUGGUUACUUGCUUGAAGAAGAAGAAAAGGCAAUGCAGUGUUUGCCAGAGCUCCCAGACUUUCAAUUGUCACUGAGACCAGAGGAGUUUGAACUUCCUGAAAUGGAACCCGACACUUCUGCUGGAAACCAGACCCAUUUGCUUAAAGAACAUCUUGACUACUCCUCUGAGCAUCAUGAUGACGAUGAUGAUGAUGAUAUAUGA